AAGUAACAAAAUAAACGAAAGGAAACAAAAAUAAGCCUGAAAUCUGAGUCAGGUAGAAGAGAGACUGGUGGAGAGUGUCGAAUCCACACAGAGAAAAUUAAUGGCGAAGAAGAACGGUGGAGUCGACGUGGAGGUGGAGACCAAAGUGAUCCACCGCGGGGACGACACUCUCUUUGCUGUCGUCAACCGACUCUUUGGUUCCAUUCUGUUUCCCGACCCCAACAACAGUGCUGCUCCGCUGUUUCACCGGAUCAAGACCUCUAUCGCCCAGAAUGGUCCGCUAUUUCCGGAAGCUUCUAGAAACACCGGUCGGAGCGUGCUUGCCUGGACUCGUCAGGGCAGUCCUCUCCGAGCACUCCUCGUCAUCUCUGUUGGCACAAUCACUCUUCUGGCUUUGACAGGAUUGCUUGUCUUCAUGCUUUUUUUCCUGGCAGCAACUUUCAAUGCCAUUGUUAUCUCGCUUUUGUUAUCUUUGGCAGCUGCAGGAGGAUUCUUGGCCCUCUUCUUUACCUGUGUAGCAGCUAUAUACAUUGGAGCACUAUCAGUUGCCAUUUUUGUUAUUUCCACUACAACAAUUUCUGCAAUUGUAGCUGUUCUGAUAACUACAGGUUGGAUCGGGUUCUUUUGGUUCGUGUGGCUGGCAAGUAAGAAAAGUCUAAGCCUUGCUAAGCACUCACUUAGCAAGACUGGUUCAACCAUUUCAGCUUACUCUUAUGGAAUGCAUGCUGACAAGGCUUCAGGUUGAAGUGUUACGUAAGUAUUGUCAAUAAAGCGUCUGUAUGUGGAAGCAGCUGAUAAUGUUAUUACCAGACGGUUUUGGUUAUUCAUGUUUUAAGAGGAUCACAUAUAUUUCCCGUAUAUACUACGUACGUAGGAAGCAUGAUAGGUUAGGUAGGACUUUCGACAUUAUUGUAUAUAGGCUAUCCACACUAAUCUAUUUCCUUGACUAUGUAACCUCUAUUUGCAUCUCCAUUUACCCCGAGUUGACUGCAGAUGUUAAAUAGCACUAACUUAUGAUAUGCUGUAUUUACUUGUGUCAAGGAGUUAUGUUUUGCUCGCUUUAUGCAGCCAUAUUGAGCUUUCAA